CCCAGAUUCUAGGAUUUUCUGGCACCCAUUCUGGCGACUCCGAUCCGAUUGGCACCGACCGAUUCCGUCCCAGAUUCCGCAUUUUAUGACCUUGUCACUAGCUCUGAGACUGGAACUGGGAGUGAGGUAAAUGAACAUCGGCAAUGGCGAUUCGGUCGCUCUUCGGCAAUCUCAGACGAAAAUGCAGGCAAAACCCUCCCUUUUGCCAACUAUUGUUAGAGGAGAAAAGACUAUGGAGGUCGUUCUCUUCGAAUGCCUUCAACAGCGAUCUGGUCGAAGAUUCUCCAUCUACUCCGCCGGACGAUCUGAAAAGCAGGAUUUUUAGGCUCAGAUUCCCCAAGCGAAGCGCGACGGCUGCGAUGCGCAAAUGGGUCGGCGAAGGGAAUAAAGUGACGCUUUCUGAGCUUAGACAAAUCUCCAAAGAGCUCAAGAAAUCUCUACGUUACAAGCACGCCCUCGAGAUAUCAGAGUGGAUGGUUACUCAUCUGGAGUCUGAGUUAUUGGACUCUGAUUAUGCAGUUCGCAUCGAUUUGAUGACUAAAGUUUUCGGAGUUGAUGCUGCUGAACGCUACUUUGAAGAGCUACCUCUGAACGUGAAAACUGGUGAAACCUACACUGCACUUCUUCACUCGUAUGCUGGUGCAAAACUUACUGAAAGAGCAGAGAAGUUUUUUGAAAGGAUUAAGGAAUCAAACCUUACCUUUGGUGCCCUUACAUAUAAUGAGAUGAUGACAUUAUACAUGUCAGUUGGGCAGUUGGACAAGAUCUCUUCAGUUGUUGAAGAGCUGAAACGACAGAAGGUCCCACCAGAUCUUUUCACUUACAACCUUUGGAUAAGUGCGUGUGCUGCCACUCUUGACAUUGACGGACUAAGACGGAUUCUGGAUGAAAUGAGUCAUGAUUCCAAUUCUAAUGACGGUUGGGUGACAUAUGCCAAACUGACCGACAUAUAUGUUACCACAGGUCAUCUUGUCAACUCGGAGUCCAACUCUCUAGUUGAGGCUGAUAAAAGGAUUACUCAGAGAGAACAGAUAACUUAUGACUUCCUUAUUAUUCUUUAUACUGGACUGAGAAACAAACAGAGAAUUGAUGAAAUAUGGAAGUCUUUGAGAAUGACUUCACAGAAAAUGACAAGCAGAAAUUAUAUAUGUAUUCUUUCUUCUUAUCUGAUUCUUGGGCAGCUGAAAGAAGCAGAAGAAGUUCUUGGAGAAUGGAAACAGUCCACAGCCACAGAUUUUGAUAUCUCCACAUGUAAUAGGCUUUUGGAUGCAUUUACAAAGGCUGAGUUGACAGAUGCCACCAAAUCAUUGUGUGUUCUUAUUGAGAAGAAUUGCCCAAUGGAUGAGUCAAAAUAAGAGCAAUUUUGUGUUUGUUAUGAUAACGGAGUGACUGCUGGGCAGUUUUAUAUGGUUUCAGUACUGUGGAAAUGAGGAAUGCAAUUUAUUGUUGCCAUUAUUUUAUAUUUUUUUGAUUUUCUUACACUACAGAAAGAUGACAUGUCAUCCAGAUAAUAAAAUUAUUCUCUCCACGUUGUUGAACUUCA